GAUACAACUUAUUCUGUUGUUUCCAUGUUUCCAACUGAGAAAUGGAGGAUCCAAUCUGUUAUGCAGAAAAUAAUGUUGACUCCAAAUAUUUCUCUGUUUCAAUUCUGGGCACCCAUCAAGGUCAAUGUAUCUACUUUCCUGUCCACUGCGGAUCAACCAUUUGCUUUCUAUCAGAAACUUGAUAAGAGUCUGUCUUCAUACAGGAAGCUCUGUCUAGAUACUUUGAUUCCCAUGGACAACUACAGCUACAAGAAAAUUCCAUUUGGCCCCCCUGGACGAGUUUUCUCAAGACGCUUGCCAGAAUAUAACCCCAACGUCCCAAGCUACUCCGCUGCAGAGUUUCCACUGCUUCAAACUGCAAUUCCCUUGGGAAUUCAUUCUUAUUAUGCAUUUCCAGUCUCCAACCGCCAUGAUCAGCAGUGCCUUGGUGUAUUUGAGAUUGUAUCUACACAACCAUCUCGCUGUCUUCCCAACCUUAUUAUGGGCCUGAAUUUCGAAUCAGUUGGGUUGUAUAUUCCUAACUCAUUGGACAUACUUUUUGGACCUUCAACGGUAAGGUGUUGCUGCCUUUUUUAUUUUGGCGAAACUAAACAAAAUAAAUGAAAGUAAAAAAAAAAGAGAUCAGUCCCACUAAUUUCAUAGCUUAUCUUAUCUUUUUUACAGCCGCUGGAAGAUGAAAGACUUGACAAUAUAGAGGGCAGAUCCUUGAAAGACAUAGUUCACCCUUUGCACAAAUUUGGAUUCCUUUUUCCCGAUCUGCCUCUUCGAAAGUCUUGUAUUGUGCUGCUGCCUCCAUAUAUGAACGUCCGGAACCAAUGUAUCAUGCGUUUGAAUAUUCUUCUGAGGUCUGUUUUAUUGAGAGUGGCAAGGCAUUGGUUGGGAGGGCAUUUGCAUCCCAAGGUUCAUGCUUUUGCAAAGAUGUUACUCUAUUAAGCAUUAAUGAGUACCCUUUGGUGCCUAUUGCACGAAAAGUUGGAUUCACUCAGAGUUUUGCAAUUUGUUUGCAAAGUAAAUGCGCCAACAAUAUUGUUUUCGUAGUUGAGUACUUUCUGCCACCCAAUGAAAUGGUUGUUAAAGAUACAAAUAUUUUCUUAAACAUGCUUUUAUCCACAAUGAAAGAACAACUUCCAGGUUUCAUAGGUGGUUCUGGAAAUGAACUAGGACAGAGGAUGCUUGUUGAAGUUGUUAAAAUUUCCCCCAGUGAUGAACUUGACUCCUUUGAAAUUGGCCAAACUUUGCCGAGUGUUCAAUCACUUCAAGAUGGUGGAGAAACAACAGAAAUUGGCCAACGUCUGUCGAGUGUUCAAUCAGUUCAGGAUGGAGGAGAAAUAACGGAAAUUGAUUCUUUCUGUCAACAGUCAAAUUUACAGAACGGGGAGGAUAAUGUUGCUGCUGCACUACUGGUUCUUGUUCAUCAUACAUGCGUGACUCACUCAACUGUGAAAGGACAGUGGAAAUUGAUCUGUUACUUCCUCAUCCAAUAGAGGAAGCUGUGACAAACAGAGGAAAAGUUAACUUGGAUGGAGCACAUGAUGACCACAUUGAGGAUACAAGUGAAAUAUUGCAACUUGAUUCACACUUUGAGCAACCAAACUUAGAAAUCAAUUCUGCGGGAAAUGCAACGAGAAGAUCCAUUCACAUAAGAACAAAGCAAUCCAAAGGAUAGAAAAAGAUCAUGGGAUUACUCGCAAGAUUCUGGAGCAGCAUUAUGGCAUGACUCUUGAAGAUGCUGCCAAAGAUCUACAUGUUAGUCGAGCAACACUGAAACGAAUAUGUAGAGAAAAUGAAAUCGCUAGAUGGCCAAAUCACAAGACUAGAAAGGUUAAUGUCCAUGUUAGCCAAGGCGUAUCUUUUCAAGGUGCUGAACCAUAUGUGGUCGAUAAACAAUGUCCUGCUCUUUCCCAAGAAAAAGGCACAGAUUAUUUGGGUCACAAAAUAUCUCCUGCAACAGGAAAACCUUGUGAUAAAGUGAAAACUUUAAAGGUUACAUAUAGAGGUGAUAUCAUAAAGUUUCAACUCCCCUUUUCAUCAACGAGGGUAGAAUUGGAGGGGGAAGUGGAAAAGAGGCUUACGAUAUCACUUGAAAGGUUUUCAAUAAAGUAUCAAGAUGAAGAUGACGAUUGGAUUUUGAUAACUACUGAUUCAGAUUUGAGGGAUGGGAUGCAUUCACUUAGAUUGUUGGGAAGGACUACUAUGAGAUUACUGGUUACCCCAGAAGCUAACUCGUGAAGGACUUUCCGAAAGUGAUGUUAUCUUUUGGUGAUAUGGUGUUUGUCUCUUCCCUGAGGUGUUGCGACAUGUCUUUGUGCUCAGUGAACCAAAGUGAUUAAUGCUGUUACGAAUGGGGAACUGUCAAAUUACGAAAGAUGCCUAUAUAUAGAAGAGGAAAAUAAUGAGUUAUGUCAUUUUCUUUUGAUUAACUAUUUUGUAUUUUCUGUUAGUUGUUUGAUUACAUGAACAACCUGUUUGUAAGUUGCUUUGAUGAUCAAUACAAAGCUUAAUUUGUUACA